UUAACAUGGCUGUCACUAGUGCCAGGAAUGUGGUGAAUUUGAAGGAGCAACAUUUCGAACAUGAAAAUGCAAGGAUUGAUAAGUACACGCUCGGUGACGAGCUACCGGCCCAGCUGGCGGAGCUGGGUCUACGUUCUCGGAAAAUGACUCAGCCCACCUUCACUAUCCGCAGAAUUACUCUAGAAGACACCGAUGCAGCUGUCCAGUUCCUCAGAAAUUUCUUCUUCCUCGACGAGCCUAUGAAUCGAGCAGUGAAUUUGCUAGAAACACCAGAAUCAAGAUGUAUAGAGUUAGAAGAGUAUUCAAGUAGUUCCAUCGUACAAGAAUUGUCAGUUGCAGCGGUCGAUGAGAAAGGUGAAUUCAUUGGUAUUAUCAUCAACGGUCUUGUCAGGAGAGAGGAAGUAGACUACACAGAUAAAUCUGAAGAAUGUUCUAACCAGAAGUUCAGACGUAUUCUUAAGGUGCUAGACCAUCUGAAUCGAGAGGCUAAGAUCUUCGAGAAACUUCCAAAGUCGUGUGACAAGGUCCUUGAAAUCAGAAUUGCAUCUACACACUCGGCGUGGCGCGGUAGAGGCCUGAUGAGGGUACUCUGCGAAGAAUCUGAGCGGAUAGCCAAAGAAGUAGGCGCUGGUGCUUUGCGAAUGGACACUACAUCAGCAUACUCCGCUGCAGCGGCUGAGAGGCUGAACUACAAGAGCGUGUACGAAGUGCUGUAUUCAGAUUUGUCGUAUGCACCAAAACCUCAAGCCCCCCACCUUGAAGCUAGAGUCUACGUAAAAGAACUAUCACCUAUUGUUCCUGCCGAGACUCGAACUUGGACAAUGGCGCAACCGACCUACACCGUGGAACCGGUAUGCGCAGACGACGUACAAAAUGUUAUGAAACUUCUUAAAAAAACAUUCUACAUAGACGAGCCACUAAAUGAAACCGUUGAAUUGUGCGAUACCGAUGGUAUUUGUGCUGAGUUGGACGAGUAUUGUACACACUCACUGCUUGAAGGACUGUCCUUUAAAGCCAUAGAUAAUGAACACAACAUAGUGGGUGUAAUAAUAAAUGGCAUUAGUCCUCUAAAAGAGGACGACAAUGGUAAUGAUUUACUGAGCCAAGCACAAAGGUGUCAGAAUAAGAAAUUUCAGAAAAUCUUACACAUUCUCGCCCUUCGGGAACAGUCCGCGAGACUUUGGGAGAAGUUUCCAGAAGAACAGCGGCUGGUGGAAGUGAAAGUGGUGGCUACAGACCAGAACUGGAGAAAACGGGGAAUAAUGACCGCUUUAGUAAAAGAAACCGAACGGGUCACAGAACAGAAAGGAAUCAGAUUAAUCCGCAUGGACACGUCAAGUGCCUACUCGGCGAUGUCCGCAGAGAGGCUCGGCUUCACGUGUGUUUACCAAGUGCUCUAUUCCGAACUAAAACUGGACGGGAAGCCUCUUAUUGUGCCUAAAUCGCCACAUUUAUAUGACAAAGUUUUCAUUAAAAAAAUAUUUUGACUGGUAAAGAUUACCAUAAAUAUCUAAUACCUUUAUAGAGACUAAAACUGGACAGGCAGCCUUUUAUUGUGUCUAAAUCGCCUAAUGACAUGACAAAAUUUUCGUUAAAUAAAUAUUUUGACUGGUUAACGAUUACCGACUACACAAGCUCUGUUUACCGUGGAACUAGAUGGCGCUGUGUUAAUUGAUCAGGGUUAUUUAUUUAUAUAUAUU